UAACACGGCUGGUCUCUCUGCAUUCCUGUAGGGCUUGCCUUUUUUAAAAUUGGAAGCUGCUUUUAUAGAUGCUCCUCCAAACACGGUUUUCAUUUUCCAUAAUGUCCCAUUUAGACUUUGGAAUGCCUGGAUGAAAGGGCAGGCCCCCAAAGUGACUUCCCAAUCUGUUCUUGCAAUUCCAGCCAAGUUCCCUUUAAUGUAUGGAGUGGGCAAAGUUGAGCUGACUCUUAUAAUAUCCCAGAAGUCGGGCGCAGCUGCUGCUUUAAGCGGCACUGAGAGAUAAUACAACAGCUCUGCUAUUUACUGGGACUCGAGUGCCUGGACUGGCACACAGAGACAUUAUAUGAAAUCCGAAAGCAUGAGGAUAAAGGAGAUUUCUUUGCGGCAAGAUCCCGAUCUAAGAAAGGAGUUGGCACUGCUAGCUCGAGGAUGUGAUUUUGUUUUACCUUCUAGAUUCAAGAAGAGACUGAAAGCUUUUCAGCAGGUUCAGGUUCAAACAAAGAAGGAAGAAACUUUGCCACCACCACAUAGUCAAAACAUUCCAACUUUUUACUUUCCUCGAGGAUGUCCUAAGGAAAAAGUAAAUAUAGAUGCUGUGAUUGCCAAAAUUGAGAAAACUUUUUCUGAAUUUCCGAAUGAGAGGGCAACGUUAGAAGACAUGGGUAAGGUUGCAAAGGCUUGUGAAUGCCCACUGUACUGGAAAGGUCCUUUAUUUUAUUGUGCUGGAGGUGAACGAACAGGAUACGUGUCAGUUCAUAAAUUUGUUGCAAUGUGGCGGAAAGUACUUCAGACCUGCUAUGAUGAUGCUGCGAAGUUUGUUCAUCUUCUGAUGAACCCUGGAUGUAACUACCUGGUGCAAGAAGACUUCAUUCCUUUUUUACAAGAUGUGGUGAAUAGUCAUCCAGGCCUUUUAUUUUUAAAAGAAGCAUCUGAAUUCCAUUCUCGGUAUAUUACAACAGUCAUACAGAGAAUAUUUUAUACAGUAAAUAGGUCCUGGUCUGGGAAAAUAACUUGUAAUGAACUCAGGAAAAGCAAUUUUUUGCAGAAUGUGGCAUUAUUGGAAGAGGAAGCUGAUAUUAACCAGCUGACAGAAUACUUCUCAUAUGAACAUUUUUAUGUUAUCUAUUGCAAAUUUUGGGAGCUGGACACAGACCAUGACCUCUAUAUUGAUCGGAAGGAUUUAGCUCGACAUAAUGAUUAUGCAAUUUCAAAUAGGAUGAUAGAACGCAUCUUCUCAGGAGCAGUAACAAGAGGUAGAAAAGCACAAAAAGAUGGGAAGAUUAGCUACGCUGAUUUUGUCUGGUUUUUGAUAUCUGAAGAGGACAAGAAAACACCAACUAGCAUUGAAUACUGGUUCCGCUGCAUGGAUCUUGAUGGUGAUGGUGCUUUGUCUAUGUAUGAAUUGGAAUAUUUUUAUGAAGAACAGUGCCAAAAAUUAGAAAACAUGGCCAUAGAACCUUUGCCUUUUGAAGACUGCCUGUGCCAGAUGCUGGAUCUUGUAAAGCCACAACAUGAAGGAAAAAUUACUCUGCAUGAUUUAAAGCGAUGUAAGCUGACAAAUGUGUUCUUUGAUACUUUUUUCAACAUUGAAAAAUACCUUGACCAUGAACAGAAGGAUCAGUUCUCUAUGUUGCGGGAUGGUGAAGGUGAAAGUCAAGAGGUCUCUGACUGGGAGAAAUAUGCUGCUGAAGAGUAUGAUAUCUUGGUAGCAGAAGAGGCAGCAAGUGAGCAGUGGAACGACGGGUAUGAAGCAGAACUGAGUCCUGUAGACCAUCAGAAGGCCAGUGUUCUAAAGUAUCAAAUGGAGAAAAGACCAUUUUUUGAAAUGCCUUCCCAUCUGGCUGAUGUAGACUUGGAUGAAUAUGGCUAUGAUGAGGAUUUUGAAUAGAGGUUACUUAUGGUCAGCACUUGCAGAAGAGAAGGGACAGUCUGCAGCAGGUCUGCUACACACUGAUACUUUUCAGUGGGGUUUUUUUCCCCACUGAAACAUAUCAAUGGGAAAAGAAACACUUUCUUUAGUUUUGUGCUAAAAAUAUCUAAUCACUACACUACCUUGUAAGCAAAAGAAGUGCAUUUAUAUGGAAUGAUGAGAUUUUUGUAUUUAUUCAAUAGUUUAUCGUUUGUAAAAUAGAUUAAAAUAUUUAUUUUCAGAUGUUGCAUAAUUCCUUUUUUGGAAGAAUAACAAUAUUUGACUUAAGAGAAAAGUAAUCUACUGUUUUUAUGAGAACUGAGAACUGUAUAAUUCUCUUUAAGCUGAUGUGUGGUGCACUGACCAUCUCCAUCUCACCUGUGAACAGGUGUUUCUGUCCUGGUAUGGGAGGUAAGGAGACAAUUUACACCUGCAGUGUGCUCAUGCUCAUAGACAGCCCUCUUUUAGGUUUUAUGCCUUGGUAAGGAAGAGAUGUGACAAUGAGUGCACAGUUCAGCACUCAUUUACAAGCAGAGUUUUGUCUGACAAGCUGUGCAUAUUAGUAAAAUACACUAAAGUGAACACCCAAGACAAGUUGUUUUUCUUUUCUGUGUAGUCCUUGUUUGCCCCAACUUUAAUUUUUCCCUUUUAAACUUCAGGUUUUUUGAUGUUAAUCAUAAAAAGAUUAUUUAACAGUGAAGUCUGAGUGUUCAUACUUGAUCCAAAAUGGGUGUGUUAAUUCAUGCAGAAGGAACCAAUUUUUUUUUUUUUUUAAUCCUUUGUAUAAAUGUUACUUGAUCAGUGAUGUGCACUAAUUUGUUGUGGGCAUUCAGUGAUUUUGUCUGUCCUCCCCUUUGCUUGUUUGCUAUUGACACAUUCCAUGGAUAUUCAUCAGUGUCACAGCAGCUUGAAAUUGUUGCCUCACUCGUAACUGUUAAACAGGUUUUGUUGGGAAAAAAUGUACAAAAAAGAUGUAAGUUAUUUUUUUGGUUGCAGUGUAGAUCUUUUAAAAUGUUUAGAAAACAUGUUUGUAUUUUCAAAUAAAGAUUUUCGUACAUGUAA